AACCUAUGACGUAAACAAAUUCAAAGCGCUAAAGAGCCAGUAACUUAUUAGUAGUACUGGAAAUUAGGGAAAGUAUCAGUGAAGUGGUUGCAGUAAAUUGGACGUAUGUAUCCCGAGAGCACGCCCCCGGAAUCCCCGAUGGGCAUGGAGGAGGAGGAGAUAGAGAUUUUUGGGUACGAGGAGGACGAGGAGGAAGAUGAGGACGACGUUGGUUCUUACGGCAGCUACCUUGACGAAGAGGAAGAGGACACGGCGCCCAUUCGAGACGAUGCUGCGUUGGCGUUCUCCAAACAUCAAGGUUCUGUAUUCUGUUGCGACCUGGACCCAAGGACGAGCCUGCUGGCAGUGACGGGGGGCGCGGACGACACGGCGUACGUCUGGGAGGUCCAGACCGGCAACGUGGUCCUGGAGUGCACGGGACACGAGGACUCGGUGACCUUCGCCUCGUUCAACCACGACGGCAGCUACGUGGCCUGCGCCGACAUGGGGGGCCUCGUCCAGGUGUGGAAGCUGUCGACCAAGGCCCUCGCCUGGAGCACCACGGUCGAGGAACUGACGUGGAUGAAGUGGCACCCGGGCAGCAACGUGCUGAUGGCGGCGGUCAAGGCGGGGGAGGUGUACAUGUGGAAGGUGCCCGGCGGGGAGUGCAAGGUGCACGCCAGCCACGGCGUCGAGACCAACGCCGGCCUCUUCAUGCCGGACGGCAGGCGCGCGGCGGUCGGCUACGACGACGGCGUGGUCCGGAUCCUGGACCUGAGGACCAUGUCGGUGGUGCACGAGGUCCCCACCGGCCUGGGCGGCGCCGUCAGGAGCGUCAGCUGCCACGACAGCAACUCGCUGCUGGCGGCGUGCUGCGGGGAGACGCUGGUGCUGAUCAACGCCCAGACCGGCCAGGUGAUAUCGUCGCUCGGUCCCCAAGGAGCUGUCCCUGGUGAUGAUGUCGACUCCGAGGUGGAGACCUCGCUGGAGGCGGUGGAGUUCAACCACGACCUCAGCUUGCGGCUGGCGAUAACCGCCGACCUGAUGGGCAACAUAGUCGGCUGGGAUGUCUCCAAGCAGGCCUCGCGCUACAGAGUGGAGCAGAGUUCCGGAACCGUGAAGAUAGUUUGCUUGAAGAACAGCCCUAUUUUCCUGACGGCUUCGCUGCAGGGCUGCGUCCACAUGUACAGCACAGUGAACGGGGAAGCGCUGGACGAGUUGAUGGGCCACAGGGAUUGCAUCCUGGACUUUGUUUGCUCGGCGGAUGGCAGGAUUGUCGUCACCGCGUCAGAUGACCACACCGCAAGAGUGUUCAACUUGAACAUAGCGCAGCCGGAACAGUGACAAGAAGGGUGUGGUGGUUUUAUUGAUUUGCUUCCCUGCUGCCGGGACGGUUGUGCCGGAGACGAAACCUUGGUUAGCACCAUCACCCGAGUGCGUAGUGAUGCCGGCCUUGCGUCUCGCGAACUUCCCGACUGGAAGAGCGUCGUUCCUACACAAGUCAGAAUGGACGGUGAAAGAAACCUGGGGAAUUUUUCCUUCAAACAAAAAUAAAGAACCUUACAAUCUAAAACUAUAGUAUUGAUUGAACAUUACAUAUGUAAUUUAGGAGUCUUGUGAGUAAAAACAGCUCAUUAUCAUUACAUUUUUUUUUAAUCUAAAAAGUAAAAUGAAUUAUAAAAAAAAAAAUUAGGUGCCAUUGGGUUGUUAUUGAAAGCAUUGGGUACUAUUUUAAUAAUACUGAAUUUAUUGUUUUACUCAAUAACUUUGGACUUAAAUGUGUACUGAUUUGUAAAUAAAACUUGUUACGGUAGAAAGUAGAAUGUAUGUUGAAACCAUUUUUAUUUAGAAAUAAAAUAUUAACUGUAACAUACGAAGAAAGUCAACAUGUUUCUUGUCCUGUUCUAUAGUAUGUAUGUAUGUAACAUAAAGGCUGAUCACAAUUCUACAACCUUUCAUCGUUUUCUGGAAAAUGGUUUGUUUUUAAUUAGAUAAUUCUGAUACAUUCCUGUCCCCAAAUCAAAAUGCAUUAAGUACAUGUUCAACAUUCUCAACCAUAAAGAUUAUAUGUUUUGAUGAAAAAUUCAAUUUAAUAUGCAAAUUUCUUGGGAAAAACUAUAUUCUUAAGUGCUAUGCAGAUUGUGUUGGCGGCAUGAAUUCUGUAUUGCAUAUUAUGUACGUAGGCGUAUUAAAUGUGUAUAUAUCUGACGUAACCUAACAUGCAUAACACUUAAGUACGUUUAUAUUCCCAGAAUAUGUAAUGUAACUAUUUAAAUAACUGAAUCAAGGUUUUCUAACACCAUUCAUAGACGAGUUAUAAAAAUCAUGCUGUAACUAUAAAAUUACCAAAAUAAAAAGUAAACAAAAAAAAUUUAA